AUGUUGGCAAAGAAGGCGGCAGCGGCGGCAGCGGAGGCCGGGGAUUUGCCGCCGCCGCAUCGGGAAGACCACGCCGUCGUUGCCGUCACCGUCGAUGGCCACGUCCACACCCUGGACGCCUGGACCGGGGAUGUCCGAGGCGUUUACGCGGACUCCGGCGGCCCCCUUGUGUCGUCGAGCACGACCGUUCACGAAGGCGGCGGCGGCGGCGAGGACGGCGGCGAGGACGGCGGGGCGCAGCAGCAGCAGAGGUACCGCAACGCGCUCGGCGAAGGUCUCGUCGUCCCGGGCCUCGACGGCGUCAUCUACUCGCUCGGAGCCAACGGGAAGCUCAGCGUGCUCACUUCGAGCGCGCCGGACCUGGUCUUGGAGCCGAGGAUGGCGUGCCUCGCCGUCAACGCGGACUCGGACGGGGACAUCGUGGAGGACGAGAGCUGCGGCCUGCUGAUCGGCGAGAAGACCACGGAGCUGUUCUCCCUCGACACGGAGACGGGGACCGCCAGGCGCGUGGGCGGCGGCGGCGGGGCUCAGAGCAGACCCGUUCGGGAAGCGGGCGACGGCGGCAGGGGGCGCGCUGGGAAGGGUUGGGGGCCGACGGAGCAGAAGGAGGAGGAGGACGAGAACGACGAGGUCGGCAGCAGGGACGGUGGCCCGUGGGAAUGGGGGGAGUAUGGCUCUCACCGCAACCAGCAGCAGCAGCAGCAGCAGCAGCAGCAGCAGCAGCAGCCACAGCUGCAUCGUCCGCCGCCCAACAGCAACCUCCUGCUCCAGCGCGACGAGUAUGUCGUCCGGGCGCUGGACGCGGAGACCUCCGAGGAGCUGUGGUUCGUGACGGUGGCCCACUUCAGCGCCCUCGACCUCCAGGGCAGGGGCGGCGUGACGGCGUUGACGCGCGCGAAGGUCGCCGCCGCCGAUCGCGAGGGCUACACGAGGGUGAUCCGGGCGAGGUCGGGGAGCAGCAGCAGCGACGAUGACGACUCGGUCAAGGCCCUGCCCCUGCCGGUAGGCGCUGACGAUGACGAGUGGGAAAGCGACAGCAUCAGCAGCAGUAGCGGCAGCAGCAGCAGCAGCAGCUGGGGUUCGAGUAAAGAUCGGGAGAAGGACAUUCCGCGCGGGGCAGAGAGCGGCGGCGGCGGCGGUGGCGGGAAGCAGACCAGGCGGAGAGGGAAGUUUGGGGAGGAGCACGUCGAUCGGUUCCCUUACCUGCUCUACGAGAACAACGCCUACGUGGUGGCGAUGGACCCCAUGGAUGGGAGCGUGCUGUGGCGGAAGGAGAUGCCCGCGCUAGCCGUCUCGCUGUACGGCAUACGGGGCCGAGAGUGGGUGGACAUACUCCCGCCCCCGAUGUCGAUGCUCCGGCCACCGCCGGGCAGCUACCCCGGUGAUGCUACCACCGCCACCACCUCCUUGAUGCCGGCAGCUUCCGUUGUUGGCGGUGGCGGCAGUGACGACUGGCUUGCCGGCGAAGAGGUGGACUGGUCCCACCAGCAAGACGAGGGGCCUCUGCUGCUGCUGACGAACGGCGAUGGCAACGAACUCACCGCUGCUGCUACGGCAGAGGCGGCGGCGGCGGCGGCGCAAGAUUCGGCCAGCGUUUGCUCUGACGGCGAUGAAGACUCCGUCAGCUUAAUCUCCUCCUCCUCCUCCUCCUCCUCCUCCUCCUGCACGGGAGACGACGAUGACGGUGGAACCUGGGAUGCAUCGUCGACUCGCGAGGACCCGGAGGCGAAAGCAGUGGUGCCCGCGGCCGUCGCGAGGCUCCACGGGGCCCGUGGUGGUGGCAGUGGCGGCGGUGGUGGCGGUGGCAGUGGUAAGGCCACCGGCCUGCUGCAACCGGGCUUGCGCAAGGGAAACCUGCAGGCCCAGGUGGGCUUCCUGAACGGCCACUUCUUCGUCUCAUCAUCGCUGAGGAGGGGUCCGCUCCACGCGGCCGCCGUCGAGGACCUCCCCGUCACCACUCAAGACCGGUACCCUCACCCGUUGGGCAUGGCCAGCCGGAGGUCGUUCGUUGACGCGGCGGGCAGGGACGCACGCGACGGGGGCGGGGACUUCGGCGGUGGCGCCGGCAUCGCGGCCGGGUUAGUGCAGAUGCCACCACCCCCGGUGGUCAAAGUCCCGUCGCAGGCCGCGCGGCCGGUCGACCAGACCGGCAUCAGGGUAGGGGGUGCUAGCGGUAGCGACGCAAUCAACGGCGCCGGGGGUGGUGCCGGCGGCGGCGGCGGCGGGGGCGGCGGCGGCGGCGGAGGAGGAGGAGGAGGAGGAGGAGGAGGCACAAUCAUGGGAAUAGGGGACUGGAGGCAAGCACUGCUCGACGGCGUCGAGAAGGCGAUGAUCGAAGAGCGGAGGAGCAAGAACGGGAUGGGGGGCGAGGAAACGGCGGCGGGCGGCGACGGCGGGCUGCGGCAGUUCCUGGCCGGCGGCGUGCUCCACCCGGGCAACGAGGGGCUGUUCAUGUCGUGGGGAUUACUCGCGGCCCUGGUGGGGGGCGUGGUCGCCAUUGUCGCCUGCGUCGCCUACCUGGCGUACAAGCACGGCGCGACGGCCAUGGCGAACAUGACGACGAUAACUCUCCGGGCGGGUUCCGCCACCAAGCUUGGCAGGAACGGCAGCCCCGACGUCGUCGUUUCCGGCGACGAUAGGGAGCGCCCCGCCGGGGCCACCGCCGGACCCGGCCCGGCCCGGGAGCGCUCUCUUCUCGGAGGCGCUUCGUCUCCUGGGGAGGAACUCCCCCUCCCCGCGUUGGCGACCUCCCCUUCUCUCCAGCAACGGGCGAGCGCGUCGGCCAUGUUCACUGGCUCGGGCCCCAACGGGUCGCCCGCCGCGGGAGGAGAGGGGAGGGGUUCUCUCGACAGCAGUUUCCCGACCGACGGGGUGCUGCAGCGGGCCAGGUCGAUGCACGAGGUCCACAUCCAGCGCGUGCACUCUCUGCCGGCGCUGCGGCAGUCCCACUCCCCGCCAGGGCACGAUGGCGCCGGCGGCGGCGGUAGAUGUUGGCGGCACCCUCGGCAAGGGUGGCAUUCGCUCUUCGGCUCGGAGGAAGGAGCCCCCGACGGCGCGGCGGCGAAAGGCGACGGUGGUCAGCUCAGCCGUGCGGUGUCGGCUGCUGUUGACGGGAGCGUCGCCGUGGCCGCCGCCGCCCCGCUGAACGGCGGCAGGGGCAGUCGAAGCAGCAGCAUCGGCAGCAGCAGCAUCGGCAGCAGCAGCAGCAGUAGCAUAGACUCAAGGGUCGAAAGCGUGUCCUCCUCCCCUGUUACCUCUCCCCGUCUUGCCAACACAUCUGGGUCCAAAUCGCUCAAGCCUGAUCGCGAUCGAGGUGGCAAGGUUGUAGUCGCCGAUAGCGUCGGCAACGCGGGGAGGCUAUCCUCGACGGCUCGGUUAGACGAGGGGCAGGUGCUGGCGGGAUUGGAAGGACUGGACGGGGGUUCGCCUUCGUCUGCCACCUCGGGCACCCGCACGUCCGAGAUCUCGCCCCGAGCGGAGAGCGGGGUCGGUGGCGAGCACCUGGCACGAAAGAGCCGCAAGGAUUCUUCCUCGACCGCCUCUUCCUCCCGCCGAAGAGCUCCGGAAGCGGGAGCGGUCCCGCGGUCUAGCGACCGGCGACGGCGGCGGCAGGGGUCGGGUUCGCGGGGACCUGCUUCUCCACGAGAGUCAGAGGAAGAUGACGACGACAGCCAUGACGAGGAGGAGAAUGAAGAGGAGGCGGAGGACGACGGCAGCGGCAAGCGAAGGCAGCCGCGGGCGCAGAGGCACCGUAGCCGGGACUUUUCGCCCGACGACGACGGCGGCUGCAGUGAUUGGGAAGGCGGGUUGGGGCGAAGGAGGGCCAAGCCCGACUACCCCACGACGGGGGGACGGGCGCGCGGCAGGGGGGGAAGCAGGCGGCCAAGCCGAAGCCCGCGCCCCUCCGCCGGCUCCGGGACGGAGGAUGAGGAGUUGGUAUUGGGCGCAUGCGACGGUUGCGGCAGCAGCGGCGGCGGCAGCGGCGGUGGCGGCGGGGGGGAUAAUGACGACCUCGCCUCUGCGGUUGUCGACACGGGAGGCGACGACAAGGACGCGCUGCUCGUGACCAACCGGCGGCUGCGGACGGAGUUCGUGGAGGGGCAGAAGCUCGGCAAGGGGGGCUUCGGGACGGUGUUCAAGUGCCGCAACCGCCUGGACGGGCACGACUACGCCGUGAAGAAGAUCAGGCUGUCGUCCGACCCGCGGUGGCAGCCCCAGCUCGCGAAGGUGCUGCGGGAGGUGAAGAUCAUGUCGCUGCUGGACCACCCGAACAUCGUGCGCUACUACCAGGCAAGUUUUGCGUGGCUAGAGAAGUUCACGGAGGAAGAUGAGGAGCUGCUGCGAAAAGAGGGCGCCCCUUCCGCGGUAAGCGAGAGCUGGGACCAGACCACGGGCGGAGGCGGUGGCGGCGGCUGCUCGCGGGCUAGCCACCUCCCCCAGGUCCACCACUACCGCCACCGCCAACAACAAGUGCAGGACACCGGCGCCGGCACGACGGCGGCGGCGGGGAGCAGCAGCAAGACGAAGACGUACGCGUACGCCAAUAGACACAGGGGCGGCGGCGGCGGCGGACGCGGCGGCAACUUGGAUGACGGCCUUGUUGGUCUCGGCUGCCUCGGGUUUGGAGCGUCUCCUCUCCAGAGCCCGCUGUUCGUGAUGCCGAAUGGCACGGGGAGGGCGGCGGUGGCAGCAGCGGCAGAGAGCAAUGGCGGAGGCGGCGGUGAGGACAACAGCAGCGCCGGUAGUGGCGUGGAAAAUCCGCCGCCGCGCUGGGGACACAGGUACACCCCGAAGGUUUCGACCCCUCUCUUCGAGGAGGAGAGUGUGGACGGCUGGUCUGUCGAUAGCCGGAGUCGGAGUGCCGAUGGCAGAAGGAACAGCGGCGGCGGUGGAAGGUCGGGGGUGGGGCGGCGGGCGUGGGGCGAUGUCAGCUUCUACGAGACGGAGUACCACGAGGAGGAAGGGCAAGAGGGGGAGGAGGUCGGCGAUGAUGACGAUGAUGCGAGCAUGCCUGGCUUCGUUUUCGAACGAGAAGAGGCUGUGGAAGAGGGCAAUAGAGUAGAGGAGGAAGAGGUGGAAGAGGAGGAGGAGGAGGAGGAGGAGGAGGAGGGAGGUGGGGAAGGAGACGGCUGGUUGGUGGGUGCGUCCGGCCAUGAAGAUGGCGGCGCCGGCGACGAUGACGGCGGCGAUGGUGGUGGUGACGGCUGCUCGAAGGAGGGGACAUGCUGGACGGCGCCGGCGGAGGGACGGCGACCCUCGGGCUCCGUCAGCGCGGCCGCUACCGCCAGCGCCAGCGCUUACGCGGAGGGGGAGGGGGAUGGCUGCUGCAGCGACGGCAAGGCGGACACGAACGACUUGUACGCCCCGCCGCGGCCGCCAUCCUGCCGGUCAGACGGUGGAGGCGCGGCGAAGGAGGGCGAAGAGAGGAGCGCUGACUGCGAUGGCGGCGGUGAGGGACGGGGGAACGAAGGGGAAGACUCCGACAGUAGCCACGACGGAAGAGGGCACGGCAGCAACCACGACGAUGACAGCUUCAGCUGGAACCGGGUGAGACCGCUCCCGCCGGGAGAUGACGGUGUCCGCGGCGCCGCUGCCGCGGCCGGUACGAACUGCCAUCAUCAACAUCGUCGCCCGGGCGGUGGCGGAGAACCGGGGUGUCGUCCGCCCCCCCCGGCGACGUUGGAGCUUGCGCUGUCGGACGUCCCGAGCAGAAGAAGCCCGCCGGACACGAUGGCGGAGAAGGAACAGGACCGCCGGCACAGAAGCAGAGCGGGCAAUAGGUCGGACGGCGAGGGCAAGGUGGCCGCGGCGGCUAUCGCCGCAGAGGCGGCCGCGGCCGCGGAAGGGAAUAGCCGGCCGCGCGGGCAGAGCUGGCCGAUCGCUGCCGCUGCUGACGGUGGCGGCAAUCCGACCCUCGCGGGGGGUGACGCGGACGGAGAACCGGGGGUGGUCGCGAGGAAGAUGCGUUCGCGUUCCUCCGCUGCCGCUGGGCUCCCUGAAGCUGCCGCCACCGCCACCGCCACCGCCGCUCCCGGUUCCAAUCGACGAAGAAAUUUCGGGAAGGGGGCGAGGAGGUCGAAGGAAGUGUACGACCUGUGGCUGUACAUCCAGAUGCAGUACUGCUCGCACAACAACCUGCAGUUCUUCCUGGACGAGGACCCCGUGCGGAGGAGCCAGACUCGCGUGGACAUGCCCCAGGUGAUGCACAUCUUCAUGCAGGUCGCCAAGGGGCUGCAGUACGUGCACGCCUGCGGGCUCAUCCACCGGGACCUGAAGCCGGCCAACUGCUUCCUCAUGAGGGACGGGGCCGUCAAGAUCGGGGACUUCGGCUUGUCGAGACAUAUACUCCCCGCCGACGGCAUCAACGCGGGCGCCGUCUCCGCAGUCGCGGACGCUGCCGCCGACGCUGCGGCGGCCGCCGCGGCAGCUACCGAGGCUAGUUCCAAGAAGCGAACGUCGUUCGCGUGGGAGUCUGACCACCACCUUGGCGGGGUGGGUGGGGACGAGUCCAUCACCGGUGGUGUGGGCACGUAUCUGUACGCGAGCCCGGAGCAGAUGAGCGGCAAAGGAUACGACGAGAAGACGGACGUGUUCUCCCUCGGCAUGCUCAUGUUCGAGCUGUGCCACCCGCCCUUCGGAACGAAGAUGGAGCGGACGGUGGUGCUCACGAACGCGCACCGGCUGCAGUUCCCGGCGGGUGACGCGUGGGGGCCCCCGAAGGGCGAGGAGGCCAUGAAGGACAUGUGCCGGUCGAUGCUGCAGAAGGAGAGCGCGAAGAGACCGUCCGCGGCGGACAUCGUUAGACAGGUGGAGAUGAUGCAGGGCAAGCACAUGGUCCUCCAGCUCGACAAGAAGCCGCCGGCCUCGUACGGGGUCGACGGCGACGACCGCCCAGAGAUGGACGUGGUCCUUCGCGUCGAGGCCCUGGACCAGGAGGGCUUGCUCCACCGCCUCGUCGACCGCAUCCGCACCCUGUGCAAGGGGCAGGCCGCUCACGACAACGAAAGCAGCAGAGGUGGCGAGGGGGACGCGCCGGCGGCGGCGGCGACGGCGGGCGGCGGGGCGAGGCUGGAGCAGUACGGGCUAAGGGGGCACACCGGGUCCGCGAUCAUGGAGUUCCUCGUCGCUGGUGCUAAGCUGGAAGAGCGAGAAACCAUAAUCGCAGCCCUGGAAAGCCUCCCUGAGGUGAAGACGGUCAGAGAGUUCCCUGCGAACGGGGGAUUUAACUGACGCCUGCUGCCUGCCUUUCUGCGGAACCAACCGCGGGGGGCGAUGCUUCCAAGUGUUUCUGUGUGGCUCUGAAGAGUCGAGAGUUUUUCAGUCUAGAGUUCCUUGCUUUGAAAACCAGGCGUGGCCUGUCGGUGCCCUGCCCUCCUCCCUGGCGUUGCGAGGCGUGGUGUGGUGUGCGGUUUGGUUUGGUGUGGGACGCUUAUUAUGUCCACCCAGCCCACGUCCCUUCCCCAGCCCCCACGUUUGAUCUGGUUACAUGGACGUGCGUCCAAAAAAAUGGUGCUCUCUUUACACCUCUGUCCUGUGAGUGUGGUGUUGCAUGGGGGGCUUAGAGCCGGCCAGCGUGGAUGCUUGCUGCUGCUGCUUAUUUGCCUGUCCCGUACCUGUUGAGCCGGCGGAUGGCGUAUGUGUGUGUGUGUUUCCGGAAUAGGAACCGUUGCAGGCUGACCUCCAGGUCCGGGCGACGCGCGCGUGUGCCGUGAGCCGACGUUUGUGUGUCGCUUGCUGCCACCGAGCAAGAGCACGGUGUGGGGGUUGUGUUUGUUUCGAAGCUUGGCUGUGUCUGUCUGUCAGUCUGUCUGGUUGUUCUUGGUUACACUGUUUCUGGUGGGCAGGUAUGAAGGCGGUUGAGCGCUCUCGCGCAAAAGGUUCAACGAAAAUUUCAUGGAAACGCUGGUGGAGGAGAACACUUUGAGUCACGAAACAUGAUAUGCGUGUGCAUACAUGUGUAGGGAAAUGAACUCUUUUUGUUUCAUUUAUCUCUUUUCUCCGAACCAAGAUAUAUUCUGGAGGGGAGCCAAAGGCGCUCCUGUAGGUGUGGUAUUCAGACGCGAAAACGACAAGUGCCGGUUGGUUCCGUUGUUGCCUUCUUCUGUGAGGCGUUCCCUCUCCAGUUUCCGAGAGAGCAUGUAGCAUGUGGCCCUCCUCGCCACGCUUUUCCUCUCCAUUAGAUACGACACAACAAGAAACGUUGUGUCUGUUCGUGUGAUGAUGUUCUUCGUGAUCCAAUGCGUUAGGAUGGCCUUGAUGAUUGAUUCCGGCCGGGCGUUGAUAUAUUUCGGGCCGCGAGUCUUUCGUUUUUCGCCCUUUUUAUCUGUUUGUUGGCAGGAGGGGACCGGCCGGCCCCGCGUGCUCAUGAGGUACUCCGUUUUUUUAUUGUACCUAUAGCUUAGAUGGCCUGACAGCUUUGACGGUCGUUGCCGCUGCCUGCCUGGUGAGCUGGGUCGUUCUUCGUUUUUAGUGUGGUGAGGGCUUCAUGUGUUGUGCGCCCGUUUUUCGAUUGUCUGUCUGCCUACCCCCUUGUCUGCCUCAUUUUUGUAUGGCGAGUGUGCGGAUGGACCGACAUAUGCAUACAACAUUAUUGCUGCAGCCCGGUUUUGUUUCCGCGGACGGGUCUGGUCUUCAGUAGCUAGCCGCGUUUCUGUCUGUCUGACAAUUGCUGCCGCUGCUGCGAUGUGCGUUGUCUCCUAUCCAUCCGCCUCGUCGUCCGUUCCGCAUGUUUUGGUAAGGCCUCUGUGUGCCCGUGUGUGUAGUUGAUGUUGGGAUUACAGAGUUCAAUAAUUCGGCUUAUGGGUCCGCGUGACUUCGGGAGAGAUACGACGGCGGGGUUCGUCCUGCUGUUCGUUUCUAGGCGAUGCCUACAAUGUGGCAACAACAUGCAGUCUUUCGGUUUUCAACGCGCACCGUGGAUGCUGAAGGUGUGCUACCACUGUCUGUCGGGGUCACCAAUACACAGUGAUGUGCAUAUGGGCGGGGAGUGUCGACCGUGGCAUGCCCACUAUAACGGGCAGCAUAUACAAUUGCGUCGGCAGUUCAACAGAACCAUAGGGGGGCUGGGGCGGGGGCGGGAUUGGUUCGACCUUGGAGGAGGGGCCCGCGAAUCGUCCAAAAAAAGUGAGCAGGGCUUGUUUUCAGCAGCGCAAUUCUGGGAAAGAGACUGGGGAAAACAAGACUGACUGACUGACGGCGCGUUUGAUUGUGCGUACCUUUCACGAAAUUUUAGAGAAAAACAAGACCAAACAAAAAUAAUAGGUGUUCCAAGAAUAUGAGCUUUCUUAGUAAAAAAUGGGCAGGGAGCUAGAUAGAGUCGGGGCUUUCGGCAGUGGGAAGAGGGAGAAGGGUUGUUGGUUCUUGCGGAGCAUGGCACGAGUUUGUCCGACGUCUGACGACGACGAACCGGUUGUUGUAGUGAUCAACUCACACACGCGGAAACCCCGCUCGUUCUACAGCAGUAGACUACCUGCGCCGAGGGCGAGAGAGCGGUUUCUCUGUCUCUUGGUCUGGGUCUCGCUCUCUGGAACCACGGUGGUCUAUGGUCACCUACCUCUGCAUGUUUUCGGUAGAGAAGGCAAUGCAUGGUGGACGCUGCUAACAAUGAAAACAAGUAACAGUAAGUGUUGUUAGAUUGACCCCGACACGCUGUUGCUUGCAG